AACGCGACUAAACCAACCAUGUCUCCAUACGCUCUUUACUUGGAAUACCUCAAAUAAAUGGUAAAGCGCUGAAUAUACACUUAAGCGUCGAAUCAGUAUUUUUCUCUGUUGCAUAUCAAAUAAUCACAAAUUUACACGAGAUGCCCCCGCGAUGUUUAAACUGCUACUUCCGGACUACAAAAUGAAGCGUGCAUAGUGCCUACAUGCGGAUGCAACUCGCAGUAUGUUGUACAUUGUACAUUAUCUUCCCCUCAUCCAGCACGAAGUUCAUCGAUUGGUCGGUUUAAAUAGAUUCAACGCUUUUCUGGCAAAAGUGGCCAAAAUAUAGCUAUACCAUGCGAAUCUUGUAAUAUGCAAAACAAAAAAGAUUGAACAAGGUCAUGUGCAACCAGACGCGCUACCUCAUCUUUUUCCAAUACAUUGGAACUAAAUACAGUGGUGCGGUCAAAGUACCUCCACAUCAACUAGGGAAAAAGGGGGUUCAAGAUCACUUGGAGGAUGCAAUAAGAAGACUGAGACCCCUCAACCCGGUGUCUCUGUCCAUUUCUAGUAGGACAGACCGGGGUGUUCACGCUCUCUCCAAUUCAGCCCACUUUGAUUUGCAACGAAAGAAUGACAAGCCACUAUUUACGGAGGACGUUCUGGUCGAGGCACUUAAUUUCCACCUUAAAGACGAAGAGAUUAGCAUCACCCGUGCCUAUCGCGUGCCAGCUGAUUUUCACGCUCGUUUUCGAGCUCUCUCCCGAACGUAUGUCUACCGCAUCGCCCUAGGUGUCUCCCAUCGUUCUCAGCUUCCCCUCACAGAACGCAACAUGUGCUGGAAUCUUCGUAACACGGAACUCGAUGUGGGAGCCAUGAGUGAAGCGGCUACCGUUUUGGCCGGGACUCACGACUUCAGCAGCUUCAGGGCCGUCAACUCCGACUUGCCUUUUAAAAACCCCGUAAAGACCCUGGAUGUCGCCAGAAUACAUCCUGGAAGAGCAUUUGUAUGUGAGCACUUCCACAGAGAGAUUCCAUUCUGGGAGUUCACUUUUCGAAGCAAAUCCUUUCUGUACAAACAGGUGCGUAGAAUGACAGGGGCCUUGGUGGCCGUGGGCCAGGGGAGGAUCUCACUUGGCGAGCUGAAAGAAAUCCUGGAGGCUCGGGACUCUCUGGCUUAUCCACCGAACAUAGUCGCUCCGGCCUGUGGCCUCUUCCUCACCAGGGUGGACUACAAUCAGUCAGACCUGCUACCGUCACCGCAAACCUCAACUGCAGCCUCCGACGGGUGACGCGCAAACCAGUGUGAAUGUAAUAAAAGUGAUUUUUGUGAAACUAUUAAAGCCUCUCUAGUCGAUAUUUUAGGACACAUUAAAAGAAUACUGCAAACAGAUGACCACCUACACAUUCUUUUACUUCAUACAAGUCAUGACUCAUCUGUGAACGCAGCUCAAAUGACC